UAAAGUUGGAUAAUAUAAGACCCUUUUAAUCAAAAAAAUGUAAAGUACAUGAUGCUGACAUAUGCAUUCAAAACUAGAGACAAAUUUAACUAUGUAGACUUUAUAUAUGACCAUACCUUUAUGCCUAACCUAUACUAUUCUACAACAUUGUUAUUCAAAUUUCAAAAUUAGUCCUACAUUAUUAUUUUUAUUUAUGUUAUGUACUACCAUAAUUAUUUAUGGUUUUUGUCAGUGUUCCCUUUUAUUGUGUCUUUGUUUGGUGACAUGUCACUUUCUUAAACUCAAAUUUCUCAUCAACCCUAUUGAGAUCUGGUCUAUAUUAACCUUCUUUUGGUGUUCUCAUUGGUACUAUUAUUAUAAAGUUGUGUUUUUUUCUUCAUGGUUUUGAAGCUAUGAACUUGAGUAAAUCAGAUUUGGAAGAAAGGAUGAAAAUGUUGGCAAUUGGAACAAGUGAAGAAGAAGAAGAAGGUGACACUUUUGCUGAAAGAGCAGAAACUUACUAUCAAAAGAGACCUCAACUACUUUCACUUCUGCAUGAUUUGUACAAUGGCUAUGUCACUUUAUCCGAUCGAUAUAUACAAACACUUGCAAAGCAUAAGCAUCAUAGUAGACACUCUUCACAAGUUUCAACUUUGGAAGAAGGUUUUUCUGAUCAAGAAGAAGUUAUUAGUGGUGUGAGUCAAGUUGAUUCGGAUAUGGAAAGUUCAAUCUCUUAUCAACAAAUGCUGCCAAUGGUUAAGGGUUCCAUGGUUGAUGUUGAUGCAAUUGUAGCUGAGCUUGUGAUGAAGAAUGUUAUGUGUGAUUUUUUGGUUCAUGAGGUUGGUGUCAUGGAGAGAAAGUAUUGUGAGUCUUCGAGGAAAAGUGAGUUACAGAAGAGUUUGCUUGAGGUGUUGGAAUCUGAGAGACUUGUUUUGUUGAAUGAGAAUGCUGGUUUGAGUUAUAGAGUUAAUAGUUUGGUUGAGGAGAACAAAGAGCUUGCGUCCGAGUCGGUUUUCAUCAAGAGAAAAGCUGGUGAGUUGGCUAAGUGUGUGCUGAAGAUGAGGGAGGAUCAUAGAGUUUAUCUAUUGCAUAGGAAAAUUGAAGAUCUUCAAGGCCAGAUACAUGGCUUGGAGAAGAGGAACAAGGAGUAUUAUGAGAGGCUUUUGAGAAGAGAGAGUCAAGAAAAUGGCGGUUGUAUCGGCAACAAAGGGAAGAAUGGCGGUGAAGGGAUAGCUUUGGAAGUUCAUGUUCAAAUGGAGAAGCCUAGAAGGUUUAAGUGGAAAGAAGAAGGAAAUUCUUCUAGGAAGAAUUUUGCUGGGAAGAAAGGUCAUAGUUUGUGGAAAAAGUUGAAGAACAUGGACUUGCUGUUAUGUGGGACUAAUCCAACCUGCGCUUGAUCUUGAUCAGAUGGUUCAGAAAUGGUCGACUGCGUGGAAUCACGUGGUUUUUAGUAUUCACCAAAGAUUUAUAUGUAUACUUUUUGGCUCUUGAACACUAGUAGUAGAUUUCUAGGUUACUAAGCAUGUGUUUGGUUUUGCGUUAGAGACCCUAAACUCGUGUCCAACCAUGCUUUUGCCGCGAUUUCUAUGAAGCUAUAAAAUCAUGCUUUUAAGCUAUGGUGUAUAUUAAUAUGAACUCUAGCUAAGCCUUUUGAUAAACUAAUUGUAGAUUAGUUAACAUAAGCUAGAGUCAAUACUUUUGCCUCUAGUAUUAUAGCUGGUGGUUUAAUUCUUGCUUUGUUGCUUUUGUUAAAAGCUUUGUUUAACAAAAUUAUGUUAUGCAUCAUCAAACAAUGUUGUAUGAAGUGAUUAGCCUUAAUGUUGAAUGCCCUUUUGUUAUA